GAUAAAUCAGGUUAUUGAAGACGUAUAUCUGCCAAUCUCGUUCUGCCCUCAUAUUUGCCUGUUGACCAUUUCCUUCAUUCCCUACGGUCACGCUUGCCCGGAGGGCCGUUUCAAUUAUAUAGUAGUGCCCACAAAAGUCGAAGGUUUGAAUCCUUCCUAUGUCGGCAUAACCGUUCCUCGAGACCGUUUAUCUCAUGCGUCCAAGAUUCAACGAUCUAUUUUUAUCGCAAAAUUUAGGCCUUUUGCCCUUUUAGUACUACCGUCAACGGUCGGAAAUGCCGGCUUCCCAGUAAGGUCCCAACGGUUUACAAAUGGCCACAUGCUACCGGGCAAACCAAACUCUUAUUUUGUCAAUAGUACGCGUUCGGAUCUAGGUUUGCGAUAUUCUGUGUCGAGGUUCGAAGCAAAGUGUGCAUAUCCGAGCUCCACUUUGUUCAGCUUCCCUUGGGAAUCGAACAUGUUUACGACAAUAGUCGACAUACUCGACACUUUUAGUCCAUAUGGACCUAGCGACUCGCCAUGCUUUGAACGGCCACCGUGCAUGACCACAACAUCCGAGCAGCCAUUCCUCAAUCCGGCCGCGAGGACAGCCAUGAAGCUCGCCACAUUCGUUGCCCUCUGCCUCUCGUUUCUCGCGACGGACGCAUUCGCAAGCGUCCUACCGGCUCCCAACCCUGCGUCUCGUUACAUGGGCGUCAAAGUCGUACGUAUACCCACUGGCCCAUCCAUCAAAGCCCUCGACAAGUUGAACGCGCUCGUGACGAAUUUGAAUUUGGAACGAUGGACGACGGUGCCGACCGUCAACUCGCACCUCGACGUCGAGGUUCCCUCUGCCUCUUAUGACACUUUUAUGACUGCUGCUCAACAAGUUUUGAACGAAGCCGGCAUCCUGGAGCCUAUUGGCACGAUGCAUGAAGAUUUGGGAUCGAGUAUCCUAGCGGAAUCCAAAAUUCCUGACGAAUUUUACAAGACAGCCAAGCAGGCGGGUGGCUUUGCCACGCCGGCGUGGUUCAAUGCCUACCAUCCUUAUGACGAUCAUUUAACGUUCCUUUCCGACCUCGCGGCUGCAUACCCGAAUAAUGCCAAGGUAGUCACGGCUGGCAACUCUGUCGAGGGCCGUGAAAUCACUGGUAUCAACAUUUUUGGUUCGUCGGGUAGUGGCAGCAAGCCCGCGAUCAUCUGGCACUCGAACGUCCACGCCCGUGAAUGGAUCACCAGCAUGGUCACUGAAUAUAUUGCGUACGAGCUCAUGUCCAACUAUGCCAACUCGACAGAGGUCAAGGGUUACGUCGACAAGUACGAUUUCUACAUCUUUCCCGUAGUCAACCCAGAUG